UAUUCCUCGCGCCCCCACGAUUCCCACACCCCUCAAAACCCCCCCUCCUCGACCUCCCGUCUCGCCGUACCGCCGCUCGGCCUAGGGUUCCGACCAUGUCCUCGCCGGCGCCGCCGCGGCCUCCGCCCCCCUCCGCACCCACCCCCGCGACCGCCCCCACCGCUACCCCCAUGUCGGUGCAGCCGCCGCCUCCCCAGCCGAAGCCGCCCCCGCCUCAGCAGCCGUCUGGUUCUUCCGCCCCUCCGCCGCCGCAGUUCCAUCCACCCGCCUCGCACCAGCAGCCGCAGCCCCAUCCGGCCGCCUCCCAUCAGCAACCUCAGCCCCAUACACCCGUCUCGCAUCAGCAGCCACAGCAGCCCCAUCCAGCCGGCUCGCAUCAGCAGCAGCAGCAGCAACCCCAUCCGCCCUCCUCGCAUCAGCAGCGGCCCAGGAUCUGCUUCAACACGCACUGCAAGGACCCCAAAUCGGAAGGCCCGCGCCGCCGCGGCUGGCGCCUACGCUCCGGCGACUUCGCCGAGCUCUGCGACCGAUGCUAUGGUUCGUUCGAACAGGGGAGCUUCUGCGAGACGUUCCAUUCGGAAGUGGCCGGAUGGAGGAACUGCGAAGCUUGCGGGAAGAGGCUGCAUUGUGGGUGCAUCGUCUCCAUCCAUGCGUAUGCGCUGCUCGACGCCGGCGGGGUUGACUGUAUCCUCUGUACUCGCAAGUCAUAUGCUGCAGCUGCAAUGGCACCAAAUCAGAUGUGUCCAACUCCUACUAUGCAUAUGCCUCAAAAUGUAGCUGAUAAAAAGGAUAGUUUUGUCAAGAGCUGGAGACCUCCUGGAGGGCCAUAUCCAAGUCAGUGGCGACAGAAUAGUCUGUGGAGUGUGUCCGGUAUACAGUCAGACUUGCAGCAGCGCCUAGCUUAUGAGUUUGAUAGGCCUAGUGGCAGUGAAAAAUUACCUCCUGGACGCACUUUUAUUCAUGCCCAGGAAAAGAAAUUCGAUGACAUGCAUGACAGACCAACUACACCUGCUGGCAUGAACCAGAUUAUAAGAGACAGACAUGCCGAUGGUCACGGUCAGCAAACGAGCAUGGAUCCGGCACACUCUUAUGCUCUCUAUCAAAGAGAAGGACCAAAUCCAAACAGCCUUCAUGAUCAUAGUCACCAUGGAGGAGAAAGCGACUCUACAUCUGCAAGGAAAGGGAUCAUUUCAGAAGGUUGUUCCAGUAACAUUGUAUCUAGUAGCUUCAAGCUUGAUUCCCGUCAUCCUUUAGAAUCCCUCCUAAAGGAGAACAUAUCAUUGCUGCCAGUUGGGGUGGGCUGCACUAUCACUAAUUGUCCACCGGUGAAUGGACGGAACGAUAUUGUCAGAAUUAUACCUCAUCAGCCGACAUCACAAACGCCCUCAUCAGCGGCGUCCUCAGCGCAGAAACAGUUCUAUUCCCAUACUGUGAUUGAUCCCGAGUACCAAUCGCAUUUCCGCAAUGGAAAGCCCAGAAUGGAUGCUAAGGCAAGAUCUCAAUUACUUCCCCGCUACUGGCCUAGAAUAACAGACAAAGAGCUGCAACACUUGUCAGCAGAGUAUCCAAAACGCACUAAUUCGAAAUCUGUUAUUACUCCUUUGUUCGAAAAAAUGUUAAGUGCCAGUGAUGCUGGCCGGAUUGGUCGCCUGGUGUUGCCAAAGAAAUGUGCUGAGGCAUACUUCCCCCCAAUCUCUCAGCCAGAAGGACUUCCCUUGAAAGUUCAGGAUGGCAGUGGUAAGGAAUGGGUGUUCCAGUUCCGUUUUUGGCCUAACAAUAACAGCAGGAUGUAUGUCUUGGAGGGCGUCACACCUUGCAUUCAGUCAAUGCACUUACAAGCCGGCGAUAUAGUGACCUUCAGCCGAAUAGAUCCAGAAGGGAAGCUGAUCAUGGGAUUCAGAAAGUCAACGACUCAAGAACAGAUACUCCGACAAGAACAACCAACAAAGCCUGCGAAUGCUGCUGUCACAGCACCUCCAGAGGUGAAUGUUAAUGUGGCACGUCCACAUGAAGUCAACACAGAGAACAAAAACAUUAGCCCUGUGGACCAAGCAGCUGUGGGCAAAGUGGAAAAUGGUGGAGUAGCACAGAAGGAAGGGCCAGGGACUGCUCGCUCUUCCCCUGGAUCUCUCAAGAGAAAAGCAACUUCUGUUGGUCCAAAAAUUAAACGGUUCCGGAUGGAUAAUGAGGAAUCUAUGGAAUUGAAGAUAACAUGGGAGGAGGCUCAAGAAUUGCUUCGCCCUCCUCUUAAGGCCCCUUCAGUUGUUAUUGUUGAUGGCCAUGAGUUUGAGGAAUAUGAGGAGCCACCAAUUCUCGGGAGAAGGACAUAUUUUGUGACCGACCAAUCAGGUGAGAAUCAUCAGUGGGCUCAGUGUGAGGAUUGUUCCAAGUGGCGGAAACUGCCAGUAGGUGCGCUUUUGCCCUCGAAGUGGACCUGCUCUGACAAUAAAUGGGAUCCUGAAAGGACUUCUUGCGAAUCUGCACAAGAGGCAACUACUGAGGAACUUGCAGAACUGUUUCCUAUCAAAGCAGGUGCUGCAAAAAAGCCUAAAGCGAGGAUAGAACCCGACAGUAUUGAUGUUUCGGAUGGGCUGGACACACUCGCAAACCUUGCCAUUCUCGGUGAAGGUGAAUCUCUCCCUUCACAGCCAACUACAAAGCACCCCCGCCAUCGCCCUGGCUGCUCAUGCAUUGUCUGCAUUCAACCUCCUAGUGGGAAGGGCCCAAAGCAUAAGCAGACUUGCACUUGCAAUGUCUGUAUGACGGUGCGCCGCCGUUUCAAGACACUCAUGCUUCGGCGUGAGAAGCGCCUGUCUGAGAAAGACACUGAGGAACCUCGCAGGAAAGAGGUUCCACAAACUGGAUCUGACCCACCACUGGGUAGUACCAGUCCAACUAGCUCUCCCCAGAAGGCAGACGCAAACCCUGAUGAUGCAGAAGACAUGGUCGUUGACCAUAGGAUGUCAUCCUCUCCUGUCAAGAACCAGAUUGACCUGAACAUCCAGCCUGAACGGGAAGACGAGCAGUCACCAAAAUCCAAUGCGGUCGGCGCAGCCAGACUCCCCCGAGACAAUCCAACCUAGUGUGGAGAGCAUAUGGCUUGGCAAAAGGGUUUAUAUAGUUAACAAAUUAAAAACUGUCUAUACUGAUGGAGAAUUGCGGUGGGCUGAAGGUUGUAGCGUAGAUGUUAUUAUCUUUCCAUACCAAAGAUCUAGUUUCCUAUUGCGGGGACAGAUUUCUCAGUGUUGAUGUUAUCGUGUAUACCAUAGAUGAGGCGGUUGGUGCUGUAGGACCCGGUUAUGUUGCGUACCCUGUAUGUAUGUGUACUGUAAGAACAGCAUGUAAGUGGGAUUUAUGUAUGGAGUACAUCCCUUGCUUGGAGACUAAUUUAUAUAUCUGAUGCUGUCUUUGAUCCUCAA